GGAAGUAUAGGACAAAAUUAGAAAAGGCGCCCAAACCAGUACCCUAAACAAAUCAAACAUUCUGCCCUAUAAAAUCCCCCAAAUCAGAGCGUUUUCUACAUGCUCUCGUACCCUGAUGAUAUUCUUCGAUUUUCUCCUGACUAGUGACAUACUCUAUUUCAGUACAGAUCGAGUUACCUGCUUUUGGAAACUGUGAGUUGGGUCUUGAUGUAUCGUCUUCGGCCGAGAGAGAGAGAGGUUUUCUCUGGCUUUACAACAGCUGAGAUUCAGAGAAUGGAGAAAUUACUUUUAGAAUCAAGAGAACAAUCUCUUCUAGAUAAGGAAUUCUGUGAAAGGCUUGCAAGAAGUUUCAGCAACUCUAGUGGUCGAGCUGGGAAACCUGCUGUAAAGUGGACUGAGGUGCAAUGUUGGUUCCAUGAUAGGCAGCGAUCCCAUCCUUUGAAAGAUGCUUCUUCUCCUAAUCCUCCCAAGAAAUCAUCGCUUCCAGAAGCUAUCCCUUUGAAAGAGGCACAUGAAGGUCGCCAAGCUAUAGGUGAAGAGGUUCCAGAUCUAUCAGAAUUGGAAUUUGAGGCAAGAUCAUCUGAUGGGGCAUGGUAUGACGUGGAUACAUUUCUCACCCACAGAGAUCUAAGUUCAGGUGAAGCUGAAGUUCUUGUGAGAUUUGUGGGGUUUGAUGCCGAGGGGGAUGAGUGGGUAAAGGUGAAAACAGAUAUCCGAGAACGCUCUAUUCCCUUGGAGGAUUCAGAAUGCGGAAAGGUGAAAGUCGGAGAUCUGAUAGUCUGCUUUCAGGAGAUGGGAGAUGAGGCAAGAUACUAUGAUGCUCAUGUUAUUGAGAUUCAGAAGAGAAUGCAUGAUAUAAGGGGCUGCAGGUGUCUUUUCUCGAUUCAAUAUGACCACAAUAACACCAAGGCGAGUAUUUUUUGAUGCAUCUAAAAUUUUCCGUGUUCCAAAUCUGUUUGUUAAUAUAUUGUUCUAUUUUUCAGGAAAGGGUUCGUUUGACGAGAUUAUGUCGCCGGCCAACAUAUUAGAUUUUUCACAGGUGCUCAAUUUUUUGCAAUCGAGUCUGGUAUCUUGCUGUCUUAAAUUAUAUAUAAAGGUAGAGUGUAUAUGAAGUGAACCUUAUAGGCAGCUCAAAAUUAAGUCACAAUUUUGAUAUACCCUAGAAAUUCCCUUUUGGGUUUGUUGGCUUAUUGAGUUGAAGAAGCUCGAUUGAUAUUGUAAACGCCAGGGCAGUUUUCGAAAAUCAACUGUUCUGGUGUUAUUUGACUUUGUUUGCUAUGCUGGCUUCAGAGGCAAUCCUUAUUCUGUGUUAUUUUGUAUGGUAGUGUUCCCUUGAAGU